CUUGGAUCUAGUGAUAUAUACACUCUCGUAUAGAGGGAGAGGUCAAGCUCUAGGUGAGCAAUUUACUUGGUGCGAUAAUUUUCUUCUUUUCACCUUUGGGAAGAAAUGAAGGCAACCCGUAGAUCUAAUAACUUCAUCGACGACGACGUCUCCAGCGUUAGGACAUCAGAAGAAAUGGCUCGAUUUUCCCUUCUUCUCUCUGAAGAUUACGGAGAGGGGCCAAGCAGCCCGCCUCGUUCUCCGGCGCACAAGAGGCUGAGACACUGUUCCCUCUUCGUAUCGAGUGACGAGGAGGACGCAGAAGCGGCAGAACCCGAAGAAGAAGACCAGGAGGAUUCACAAGACGAAGAAGACGAAGACGAAGAAGAAGAAGAAGAAGUGGACGAGUUCGCAACUGAUGUCCUUCCGGCGAAGACGACGGGUUCCGUUUCAGAUGGUUCUAUUGCGACCGGGUCGAUUUCUGUGACUCUGACCGACCCGGAUGUGUUGGAUUGCCCUAUCUGCUUCGAUGCGCUCUCUGUUCCUGUGUUUCAGUGUGAGAACGGCCACAUAGCAUGUUCUUCUUGCUGUGUUAAGAUUGUCAACAAAUGUCCAUCUUGCGCAUGGCCAAUCGGAUAUAACCGCUGUCGAGCUAUUGAGAAGGUCAUUGAGUGCAUUAAAGUCUCAUGCCGGAACGUGAAUUAUGGCUGUAAAGAUUCCAUCUUUUAUAACAAGAAAACUGAGCACGAAUCUGCAUGUACCUAUACUCCUUGCUCUUGUCCUUUUCGAAGUUGUGCUUUCAUUGGCCCUUCACAGAAACUCUACACUCACUUUUCGCUUGAGCAUAGAGCUUCAGCAAAAGAUAUCAUUUUCAACACCUCAGAAUCCAUAUCUCUAAAGAAGAACCAGAAAUGGGUAUAUCUUCAAGAGAAGAUUGAGGAUACUAUCUUUGUAGCCAACCAUCGCAAUGAGCAUCUUGGGAGUGCUGUCAAUAUAAUUUGUGUCGCGCCUCCCUCUUCCCCCAGAAGGUUCCCUUACAGCAUUGUUGCAAAGAAAGGAAAGAGCUCUGUUAAACUGCAAUCCGUUGCAGAGAACAUCCCGAAUUGGUCAGAAGAAAUGGCUUUGAAAAUGUUCCUUCUGGUUCCAAACGAUCUUUUGGAUUCUUUUGGUGGUCUGCAGCUGGAAGUGUGCAUAAAAUUCUCCUGAAACCCCCACAGGUCAGUAUAGUACUCCGUAUUUGCUGAUUUGUACUCAGAUUUGUUACUCCCCUCGUCUCGAAUUAUUUGUCCUAGUUUGACUUUUAUGCUAACUUUGACCACAAAUUAAAUACUUCGUAUAAUGCUAAAGAAAUAAAUUAUAAAAAUUUGAUGUAUCAAAGCUACAUCUUAAAAUGAACCCAGUCAUAUUAAAUGUACAUUAUAGGUAAAUAUUUUUUUCCCAGAUUUAUGGUUAAAGUUAGCAUAAAAGUCAAACUAGAACAAAUAAAUUGGGACGGCGGGGCUACUAUAAAACAUUCCGUAUGAAUUUCUUGUUAUGUAAGAUAAAUUAUUAUGUAGAUG